CGCUCAGGGAGUUUGUUAGCAUUAGCUAAAAAAAAAAAAAAACAAGCCUCCCCGCUAACGUUAUGUUGUCCGACGGGUUCGUGUCUUGACACCGAGCAGGACGCGACAGACCCUGCUUACUUCCAUGUUACUGACAGAAUGUUGGAAAUCAACCGGGAUAUUUGGCUUUCUACGCUCUGUUGAACAUUCGUGUCACCGGUCCGGCGGCAGCAACAACAGCUGGCUAAAGGAGAGCGCUCGGCCACCAGCUGCUGUCCGGAAGGAGGCCGCCGCAGUCCCGUGUGGAGAUUUCACUUUUUCCGCUCCCAACAUCAGCACAACGCGAAGCCCGCAGGCUAACCAUACAUUGGUAUUUAUAAUAUUUACGUCGGAAUGGAGUCCACAUUGGGAAUAUGCAAAGAAGAAUGCUUGACCACGGUAAGAGGUCAGGAGCUGAGGUCUGGCCAGAAGGAGCCCAGACUGCUGUCACUAAUUGAGCGCAAUGGAGUGUUUAUAUUGGGUGUUUUGGCCAACCCUGAAGCUGUCGUGUCUCGUCCGGUGGCGCAGCUGUCCAUACCCAUUAAUGAUAAAUUUGAAAUUGUGAAAGAAGCUGAGGAAGCCCUGCUUAUUGACUUUGCUGAAGAACCUUGUGUUAAAGUACGAAUCAGGGGAGAAAAAGCACCGGAGCUGCUGCUGGAGCUUCAGGAUGACGAUCGGACUCAGCUCUUCUUAACCCAAGUGAAAAGUGUUCAGCAUCAAGUUGCACCUAAAUUUACCAAACCAGCUCAGCCCCCUAGACCUAUACCCAAAAGAGGGCCAGCCCCCUUACCACCCAAAGGAGCAAUCAAGACGGCGGGCAUGAUGGGCGGUGGAGACAAUCCAGCCAACUCUGGGGCUGCACCGCAGGCCAACCUCAACCACAGCGCUUCAACAAACCAUAAURAAACCGAUCCAAAUCAGAUGCUUGCAGAUUUUGGAUUCUAUGAGAAUUUCAACAACGCCCUUCAAGUGGAAGAGAAGAAAAACCAACAGAAUCGCUUUGUUGCCUCCAGGGAGCCGCCGCCUGUUCCCACUCUACCUCUUCGUAAAGCCUCCUUCCCCCCGACGAAUCCUCUCCCUCCCACACCCGUCCAGAAAGACAAACCUGUCUCUGUGCAGGCCAAAAGCAGCUCUGCAGUAACUAACACUAAGCCAGAUAGUUCCAGGUCAGGAUAUGACAAUGCAAACAAGUCUUGGCGUGAAAGUCCCACAUCACAGUCUAUGUUAUCCAGUCAGUCAGGACAGAGAGAGUACUUCAUUAAACACCGCCUGGGAAAGAAGGAGAAAGAAUACGUGGAUAUCAAACACUUCAGUAUUUUUGUAGGAACAUGGAACGUUAAUGGGCAGUCUCCAGACAGCAGCCUCCACCCCUGGUUGAGCUGCGACGCUGAACCCCCUGAAGUUUACGCCAUAGGUUUUCAAGAGCUAGACCUGAGCACAGAGGCUUUUUUCUACAUGGACUCAUCCAAAGAGCAGCUGUGGACCGAGGCUGUGGAGAGGAGUUUGCACACAAAGGGCAUGUACAGGAGGAUUCGGACCAUACGACUCGUUGGAAUGAUGCUUCUGGUUUACGCCAAGAAGAUUCAUAAGAAACACAUUAGAGAAGUGGCUGCAGAGCACGUGGGGACGGGCAUCAUGGGAAAAAUGGGGAACAAAGGAGGUGUGGCAGUGAGGUUUGUUUUUUACAACACUAGCUUCUGCUUCGUCAACUCUCAUCUGGCCGCACACGUGGAGGACUUCGAGCGCCGAAACCAGGACUACAGAGACAUUUGUGCUCGUAUGACGUUCCACCUGCUGGAUCAGCCUCCUCUGACCAUCGUCAAACACGACGUGGUGAUCUGGCUCGGGGACUUAAACUAUCGUCUCUUCCAGUACGAAGCACAUGAGGUCAAACUACUUCUUGCUCAAAAAGCCUUGAAGAAGCUGCAGGAGAGUGAUCAGCUCAACAUUCAGAGGCAAACAAAAAGAGCCUUCACUGACUUCAUGGAGGGAGAAAUUACUUUUGUUCCCACCUACAAAUAUGACCCUAAAACAGACAUGUGGGACUCAAGUGGGAAGUGCCGAGUUCCGGCUUGGUGUGACAGAAUCCUGUGGAGGGGCAGCAGCGUUGAGCAGCUUAAAUAUCGAAGUCACAUGGAAAUGAAAACAAGCGACCACAAGCCGGUCAGCGCCCUCUUUAAGAUCGGGGUGAAAGUCCCAGAUGAGCAGCGCCGCAAAAAGGUGUUUGAGGAGAUCGUUCGAGCGAUGGACAGAAUGGAGAACGACUUCCUUCCAUCCGUGUCUCUGAGCAACAUAACCUUUGCGUUUCUGGAUGUGAAGUUCAGGCAGCUUCAGAAGGAACGCUUCCUGAUAACCAAYGAUGGGCAGGUGCCCUGUCACUUCGCCUUCAUCCCCAAACUCAACGACGUGCAGUACUGCAAACCGUGGCUGCGCGCCGAGCCCAGCGACGGSUUCUUAGAGCCCAACGAGACCCUUGAGAUCUAUCUGGAGGUGUACGUCAGCAAAGACUCCGUCACACUCCUAAACUCCAGAGAGGACACCAUCGAGGACAUCCUGGUGCUCCAUUUGGACCGUGGCAAGGACUACUUCAUCACCAUCACUGGCAACUACCUGCCCAGCUGCUUCGGCACRUCGCUGGAGACGCUGUGCCGCAUGAAGAAACCCAUCCGGGAGGUCCCCAUCGAAAAGCUGUGUGACCUGGAACAGUCUAAGGUGAACUUCCUGCUUUUGGAUGGGGCAAGUCCUGAGGACAAACCUCUAAAGAUCCCCAAAGAGGUGUGGAUCCUGGUCAACCACCUCUACACUAAGUCAUGUGACCAGGAGGACCUGUUCCAGACACCAGGAUUACAAGAGGAGCUUCAGACCAUCAUCGACUGUCUGGACACCAGCAUCCCGGACUUCCUACCCGGCUGUAACCACUCUGUAGCUGAGGCUCUGCUGAUCUUCCUGGAGGCGUUGCCAGAACCUGUUGUGUGUUAUGAGCUCUACCAACGCUGCCUAGACUGCUCUCAUGACAGCCGCCUCUGCAAACAGCUGAUCUCCCAGCUGCCCCGGGCUCACCGUAACGUGUUUCGUUACCUAGUGGCCUUCCUGAAAGAACUUCUGAAACACUCUCACAAUAACAACCUAACAGCCAGCCUCGUUGCUACCCUCUUUGCCAGCCUCCUCAUUCGACCGCCUCCCAACUUGGUGGGCAGGCAGACGGCGCAUGACCGACAGAGAGCCAUCAACUUUAUUCUGGGUUUCCUYAUGGCCGGAGACGAAGAGUAGCCGAGGAUGAGUCGCCACGGCUGACCUGGACCCCCGUCACACUAGCUGCUUCACCUGGACUCUCUGCGCCACCUGUUGGAGACCAGCACAGCUACGUCUCACCCUCUCUGACACCAGAGGUACCAAACUGAACUCUUAGCUGGUGUCAUAUCUUCGGUUGUCGACACAMAACGGCCCAGUCGCUGAAGCUUCUGGGAGAAGUCUGAACUGAUGCCUGUGCACUUUUUYUCUCGACCUAAAGGACGUGUGCCUCCGGACCCGUCUUGUCCUCACUGUCAGCUGACUCUUCUUGUUGUAGGUGCUGAUGCCAAAUUAACCCCUGAAUGGUGAGAGGCGCGAAUGUGAAAACACUACGAGUCCGUAAAGGCCAGAAAGAAAGAUUUAAUUACACUAAAGACAAUAAGUAGAUUGAAUAAUGUGUACAAAUAUACUGUUCAAAGCCUCAAGUAGUUUAAAACGGGAUCAUUAGAGUUGAGUAACUAAGAMUGUUUUUGCUUUAAAUCAUGACAAUCAUUUGUUGCUGUAUUUGAGUUGAAACCGAUAAAAUACCUUUGAAAUUUAUUAGUUAACAUAUCUGUAGUAUUCUAACUGCUAUUUAUAUAUAUUUUCUUUGAGGUUUGCACCAUUUUAUUGUUUAUUUUUUUCUUUCAUUUUUCUUUCUGUUUAAUUUUGUAACUGUAUUACUUUAAAAAAAACAGAUUAUCAUUUUCAUAUAGAAAACCGUUCCUCGUGAACGUUUGCAGUGUUUUUGUCAGAUUCCUUGGWGUUACAAAGGAAGUCUGUUAACACCCUGAUUUCCUGGUCAGCCGGAAUCAAAAACAGAUCCGCCCCUCUUGAGGUUCUGAAACRAUGUAAAUAGUGAGUUUCCCGUUCUGUAGGUGUUUGACUGUGUGGUGGUGCAACUCUGUGAUGGUGUCUACAGUUUGUGUCUGUCUGUUUACACGUCUCUGCUCCAUCUCAUAAACGCUAAUUUUGUUUGUUUUACAUCAUUGUAAAGCUGUGACCAGUGGUGGGCACAGUUCUGCUAAUCCGCUAAUAGCAGAACUAGCAUCUCAUAUCGCAGAUUAGCAUUUUUACCAACUUUGGAAAUCAUUAGCAGACCAAUUAGCUUCCAUUAAAUUAGCUUCUGCUAAAUUUAAGUCCAUUAAAAUAUUCACUAAUUGAAAACUUUCUAUUUUUAUGUCCUUUAUCCCAAAAUUAAUAAAAACUAUCCUCUCGUACAAGCAGUGCUAAACAAGUCAGGCACCGUGUGUGUGUAGCAUGUAGCAUUUAGCAGCUAAACUUCAAAAUAAGAGCAUCAAAAAGAAAUAAAAUAACAUUUAAUAAUAUUUAAAUAACAAAUACAACAAACUUAUAUGUUUAAAAAAGUGUUGCUCGACUAACUAUUAAAAUACAAACUCGAUUAAAAAAUGCUUUUUAUCUGAAAGGGUUUAACUAAAAGUAUCACAGGUUAGACAGAGCUAUAACUCUGGUUUGGAUUGGCCAGUUUGCUACGAAUGAUCCCGCCCACCUUCAAAUUGAACCAAUAGAACACUAACAAUAGUUCCAAUAACUUAGCCGUUAGUGUCAGUGGAGCUAAGAUUCUUAUUUGGCGGGUUAGUGGUUAGUGAAGCUAACUUUUUGGUUAGCUGUGCUCACCACUGGCCAUGACACAAUCUGAAUGAAGCUCUUUAAAGUGCUGCAGCAUGCUUAAGGGAGAAAAUUCUUYCUUUCUCAGUUGUGCCAGAGGGGGAUUGUUUUUUUUUUUCUCGUCUGCCCUUGUUGCAAAACCCAGGCGGUUAUAGAAUUAAGGAAGUUUCCUGCUGUGUUUAAUGAAUAUUUCCUCUUUAGGAGUUUCACUCAACAGAUGUCAGGAUUAGUUUCACAAUCAUCACACUCAUUUCGCCUGUUUGGCAUCUUUUAUUGAAUCCCGGAAAACACGAGGUUUGUUUUCUGAUUUCUUUUUUUGUAGGAAUUCAGAAAAUUCUUCCUGGAGUUUAAUUGUAAUUGCAAAUUUCUUUCUGUUCACUUGCAGUCAACACUCAAAAUUUCUUUGUCGAAGUGGAAAUUUGCCAAAACGGUGUCCAAAUCUCGUGAAAGUAUUUCUUCUACAUAAAUCUUGAUUAAAACUCGGAAAAGCAAAACAUUUUUUUAACUUUAAAAUAUGACAAACAAAACAACAAUGAACAAUCGUUUGUUUAGUUGUUUCUGUAUUGAUGUCGCGGUGUGAGUUCRUUGCUUUUGUUUUUCAGUCGGUACAUUUGGAAUGUUUUCAGCUUUACAGUUGUUGUUUUUUUUGGUACUUUUAAUUUAUUUAAAAAGAAAUAAACUGUAAAAAGCC